UUUCCGGUGGUUGUGUUUGGUGUGGCUCGGCUCGGCUCGGCUCAGAACAGACCAGCAGUGUAUCAGCUGUAGUGAACCCGUGUGUGUGAGUGUGUGUGUGUGUGACCGCGGAGGAAAGAUGGCGGCCCCUGCUCUCUCCAGUCGGGCUGGCUCGGCGGGCAGCCUCGGGAACAGCCCCACCAUGGCCGCCGGGAGGCUCCCGCACAGCGGCGGCGGCGGCGGCGGAGGAGGCGUCGGGCCCGAGCUGGACUUCAGGUCGGCGGCCCGCAUGGAGGACCUGAACCGGCUCAUCCAGGAGUUCAGUAAGCACGACCAGCGGGAGUACGACGACCAGCGGGCUCUGGAGAUCCACACGGCCAAGGACUUCAUCUUCUCCAUGCUGGGAAUGGUUCAGAAGUUGGACCAGAAGCUCCCGGUGGCCAACGAGUACCUCCUCCUGUCGGGAGGCGUUCGGGAGGGUGUGGUGGACAUGGACCUGGAUGAGCUAAGCGUCUACGCCCGUGGCACAGAUUACGACAUGGACUUCACCCUGCUGGUCCCAGCGCUGAAACUCCACGACCGCAACCAGCCGGUGACCCUGGACAUGAGGCACUCGGCUCUGGGCCACUCCUGGCUCAGCCUCCGCCUCUUUGACGAAGGAACCAUCAACAAGUGGAAGGACUGCUGCACCAUCGUCGACCACAUCAACGGGACCACCAACUACUUCUUCUCUCCAACACUGGUGGCUGACUGGUUCUACCAGUCCAUCUCCCUGGUGCUGCUGGAGGUGCAGAAGAAGCCUCAGAGAGGGAUGCCGAAAGUGGAGAAGGUGGAGAGGAAUGGCACCAUCAUCUCCGUCAUCCUGGGCGUCGGGAGCAGCCGUAUGCUCUACGACAUCGUCCCCGUGGUGUCGUUCAAAGGCUGGCCGGCUGUUGCUCAGAGCUGGCUGAUGGAGAAUCACUUCUGGGAUGGGAAGAUCACGGAGGAGGAGGUGAUCAGCGGCUUCUACCUCGUCCCUGCCUGCUCCUACAAAGGCCGCAAGGAGAACGAGUGGCGCCUGUCGUUCGCUCGCAGCGAGGUGCAGCUGAAGAAGUGCAUCUCAUCCAGCCUGAUGCAGGCGUAUCAGGCCUGUAAAGCCAUCAUCAUCAAGCUGCUGUCUCGCCCCAAAGCCAUCAGUCCCUACCACCUCCGCAGCAUCAUGCUGUGGGCCUGCGACCGUCUCCCUGCCAACUACCUGGGCCAGGAUGACUUCUCCGCCCACUUCCUGUUGGGCCUGAUCGACGACCUGCAGCACUGCCUCGUCAACAAGAUGUGUCCUAAUUACUUUAUUCCCCAGUGCAACAUGUUGGAGCACCUGUCGGACGAAACAGCCAUGCUGCACGCCCGCAAACUCUGCUCGGUGCGUUCCGACCCGGCCGAGCACCUCCGCACCACCAUCGAGCACGCCAAGGCCGCCAACAGGCUGACGGUGGAACUGCAGUGGCGAGGCAGUGCUAACAACCUGCCGUCGCCGCAGUCAGAUGCCGGCGGAGAGAACCAGCCAGACGACCGGCUGGCCAAGAAGCUUCAGCAGCUGGUCACAGAGAAUCCUGGGAAGUCCAUCUCGGUCUUCAUCAACCCAGACGACGUCACACGACCGCACUUCCGCAUCGACGACAAGUUCUUCUGAGACGGAGAAACAUUCUCCCAGACCUCUUCCUCCUCUGUCUCUCUGCCUUCCUCCUCCUCGCCUGGUGCCCUGCCUCCUCUGAAACUUUAUUUUUUACAUUUUUUAUGUUUCUCUGCCACAGAGUGAAGUGAGGUGAUCGUCUAGUAGUGUCUGCCACAAUUUUUUAAUUUUUUAAUUUUUAUUUUUCUAUUCCCCUUCCCCUCUUCCCUCCUCUUUCACUGUGUGCCCUGUGUUUUUUACCUGCUGAAUGCCUUUUAAAUAGACAGCUGAAUAGCAGCAGGUUGUUUUUAAAGAUGAAGGACGAGGCGAUAAUCCACCUUUACGACGGAACUGCUGUUCCAAUGUUUCGGUAGUUUGAUUAUCAGGGAUCCUGGAAAUGAGACGAAACCAACAACUCCUGAAAACGUCACAGAUGCAUGAUUAAAGUAAACUUCACUGAUCAAGUUACAGGUCAGACAUGAAGCCUGUUUAUCAGGUAACAUGAAGGUAACGUUUUCACUUUAUAAUUUGUGGCCAGUCAUUGCCAUGAAAACUCAGAUUACAUAUUAUGUGAAGCUGGAGCUGAUAAAAGACAUGCAAAAAUACUCAGUAGAAGAUUAAAUGUUUGAGCAAAGUUGUUACAAACUUUUGAUCGCAGAAAUUCAGUUUCAUAUCUUAUAAUUUUGAUUUUCUCACUAUGGAAGCUCAUCAUGCGACCCUGUGUCACAUGAUGAGGACAUUAGAUUUUGGGUUUGCUGCACCUUACACUUCAUUCUGCUGAACUCAGACCUGUUGUUCUCGUUUGUGGACAUUUUUUGUGCCAUCUAGUGGUCGCAAAAGCACAAUACACUAAUCCAUGUAAAAACAAGAUGACGGUCAUCUCUGCCAAGUCAGUCUGCAGCCGAUCCCGACACAAAAGUGGACAAGGUCCAAAACGAUCAGAUGUUAUGGUUGAAACUUUUCUAAUUCUGAUUAAUAAUGUACAAACAUGAUCAAUUUUAGCAGCACUACCAAGUUAAGGCAUUAGAAAGUACUUAUUUGAGGACACUGGGGCUUUAUCGUAUCAUCGCAGCAUUUCACACAGGCUAAUCGGGUGUUCCAGACUGUUCCUGCAGACACAAAGGGCAUUCCUAGCUUGAAGAAUGGAGCGUAGAAAAUUUAUACAGAGUUACUAAAGGCUUAAAAAUAUGUUGCAUUCUUUGGACCCUCUGGAAACUGACGUUAUUAUUAUUUUUCUCUUAAAUUAAUUGUAUUUUUUAAGGAGCUUAAGGUGUUUGAAAACCUACGCCACUUUGCACACUGAACACAGAACUGACUAAAAAAUUCAAUAUUUCAUGGGUCUCUUGUUAAAGUGUGACAAAAUGGCAAAAUACGUUUCAGUUUCAUGUAUGAAAUUUGGUGUGCACGUGUAUCAUGUAAAGAUGUGCAAAAAAGUCGCUGGAGCCAAACCCCUAACCCAACAGGAAGUCAGCCAUUUUGAAUUUACUGUUAAAUUUUGUGCAUUUUGGCCAUUUCCAGGGGUCUUAUUUUAAAGAUCUCCAAGAGAUUUGAUCUGAUCGACUUCAAAAGAUGAAGAUCUUCGACAUCAAAAGUUGUCAAAAGCUUGACUUUCCAUGAAACUGUGUGACCGUGGCGGGGCACCAAAUUUCCAUGUUUGGCCAUGAAACAGUAAAUGGUUUGUAACUCCAAGGCAAGUGGUCCAAUCCGCCCCAAACAUCACAUGCCACCACCUGGCGACAGAAAAUAACAUGUUUUAUACUUGGAUGUACUUCUCCAAGCAGGUUGGCCAGGUCCACCUCAAAUUUCUUUUGAAAAGUCUCUAGAGCUUGAUGAUGCUUUCUGGUGAAAAUCGCGACUUUCCAUCACACGCCAUUGCCGUGGCGUGGUGGACAUUUUGCACUUUUCGCUAUAAAACGGGAAGUUGUUGUAACUUGAGCAUACAUUGUCCAGUCUGCUCCAGAUUUGUCAUGCCCAAUAAGAGACCUGGCCUCAUGACAUCUAUUUGCUGAAAAGGAGCUAUAGUCAUAGUGCCACCUCCUGGCAACAGGAAAUGACAAGUUUGAUUCUUAGAUUUACUGAUAAACUGAGUGUACAGCCAAUCUGCCCCAAAUUUUACAUGUUUGAUAAGACUCUUGGCCUGAUGACAUUAACCUGCUAAAUAGGUGUUUUAGUCACUGAGUCACCUGCUGGCAACAGGAAGUAAGACUUAUAUGUAUGUGACUAUUACAAAUUAACCCAUUGUCCCCAUAUAAGGACUUUUUUUUCAAAAACUACUGUCUGUUCAAACACAGCGCUUAGUUUUUUAUUCGCAUCAGGACUUGAUAAUCACAAAUAGCUCGGAGAAAUUAAAAAUGCAUACCAAACAAAAGCUCGACUCCCAGGGGGUCAAAAACUUUGCUUUUCCUCACAUGAUUAUAACUUAUGUGAUAAUUGCUUUAAUGAACUAAAUUAGGAGACUUUCUUAUAAGAUACAUUACGUUUCAUGAAGUAUUGUCCCAUAUACAAGCCCAUUAUUGUUGUCUUAAUUAUGAAAUACCCGGCCAGAGUGAUGAGAAAGGUUCCCUCAAAAUUAAAUAUCUCUGAUGACUCUCUGAGUAUCUCUGUCAUAAAUGUGCACCUGAUACAAAGUCUUAACUAAAAGAUGUUAUAUAAUAUUAUGCGCAAGCCCAUUAUUGUAAUCAUAAUAAUUCAGUAGACUCAUAUCAUAAUUUAUCUGUACUCAUUUCUCAUAAUUAAGUAAAGUAAAAACUCUCUUGUAGUAAUGAGAAGGUUUUUUAGAGACAUGAGAGAGUGUCAUAAUAAAGGGCUAGUUUCUCAGAUACAAAGUCAGAAUUAGGAGAUUUUUUUAUAAAAAGAUUUAAAAUGGAAACAAGCUAAACGCUGAUCUUUUUUGUUGUUGUUUUGACACAAAUUUAUGAAACGUCUGAAACUCACUUUGUUCUUUUACACUACACAAACAUCUUCAACGCCUCAGCGUCGAUCACGACUUCACACCAGACCUCGAACAGCAGCACGAUUGUUGAACAAGACUGUACUUCAUAAGAUUGUAUACACAUUCAGGAGUUGGGGAUGCCAAAUGGCACGUACAGAAGUCUCAGACCCAGGAGUAAAGACAGCAGAGUUCUGUCUGAAGGUGGAUUUUGUCCCUCUGAGGAAUGUUUUAGUCCCGCUGGGGGGUGACGGUACUAACGUCUUAGAAACUAACUGUAAAUAGAAGAAUACUGACUGAACACUGAUGUGUAGACAGAUAAACAGACUGACGAAGAUGAUGAUGAAGAUGAUAUGUGGACUACUUUUCGUCUAAUUUUGCACAGAAUGUAAAAAAACAAAUCACCACUUUUCCUCUCGAUGGUGGACGUCGUGUUCGUCCUGAUUGUGAAAUGAUGUAUCAUAUCAGUAGACAGGUGACACUGCUGAGGAACGGUCGUACUGCACGUUUUAAAUGUGUGUGUUAAAGCGGUGGAUCGGCACCAUGUACACGGUGAUACUGCUGCAUUAUGACCAUCGUCAGGUAACGUGUCACAGAAUAUUCCUUUAGCCAUGAUAUCACUGGCAUCUUCUUUCCACUUCUUCCUGUCACUUUGUUAAGUUUUCGUUGUUUUGAUCCGACGUGAUCGUUUCAAUAAGCUUCACUGUGUCUGUACGUUCCACCUCAUGUUUUAUAACGUUUCCUCUUCAGCUGCUUUAUUUGUGUUUUUACUUUAAGUCAAGGGUUCGACUCCGCUUCAAUACAACCAGCUCAGGACAUGGAUUUUAUCCAGUCUGUCCAACACAUCCUCACUCUGACCUCGUCACAUAUCAUGAACUUUCCACGUCCACAUACGGCGUGCAAAGUACCCUGGGUGUGUUGGUUGUUGGGGUCAAGUUCUGCCUGUUAUAACCAGCAACCACUACCACCAGUUUCUCCUCUAUUAUUUAACAACUGUAAAUGACCACCAUAGAAAGCCCGCCUCUGAAAUCAUCUGAUUGGACUAUGGGGAAAAAGUGGAGAUGGCGUGGGGCUCUAAGCUAAAGUUUUUUCAGUUCUGAGCAGUUCAGAGCGCACUGGCAAAAAUGCCAGGUUUCUAGAGCUCAGAAACAUGAGGCACGUAGAAAUGCAAAAACAGUGAGCAAAAAGCUUCAUUCUCAUUAAAAACAAUUACAAAAAGCCGCCUCCAGCUGGUGAAGCUCUGUCUGUGUGAUCAGGGCCUGAUACAUCCAGGGUCAGUUCCAUUCUGUCAUCUGACACUGUCACUAUUUAAGGAAGGAUAAUUAAAACUGAGUCUAACAGUUAAUCUGUUAACAGCAGGCUGAUAGAGUCUACUUUGAACAACAGUGGCCCCAGAAUCCAACCCUGGGGAACUCCGCAGCAAAAUGUCCCUGAGCAAGGCGCUUAUUCUCUAACAGGGCUCUGAAUAAUGGUAUUUAUAUAUCUUGUGCACACAAGAUAACUUGUUUGCAACCAGGAAUCUCGACAGUUAAUCUUUGAGAAUAUUAUAUGUUUUUUUUAAAUAGUUACAUAUGUCGGUCUGUAUGUCAGUUUUUCCAAGACAAUUAGCAAUGCUAAAGUAGUUUUGCAGCUCAAAAUGAAGCCACUCUCCCACUGGGGAGACCUGGGGGACCAGUGAAGGGUGGGCACGGUGUUUUUGCAGCAGUUCUUUCCUGGUUAGCAGAGGUAAUUGCCAAAUAAGCAGUGCUACAAGCUAGCUCCCACCUGACCGCAGAGCAAAACUGCAUUAAAGAAAAUUAAACGUAUUCUUGGCAUUAAACAGUUUUGGCUGCCUUGUGGCUUUGAGUGUGUUGAGGCAUCAUGGGAGUUGUAGUUGGUCUUGAGCUGGUUGAGUUGAAGGAGAGUCGCUCCCAGUUUUUGUUUUCUUUGUGUUUUUCAACCAUCCCAAACAUUUCCAGAAAAAUGCCAAAAACCCCUGCAGACAUCUGACCGGUAAUGUGAUCUCCAUCUCCUCAUCCUCAAGUGCAAUUAGUGAAAAUACACACACCACAGGUACACGCAUACACACGCACACGCACACACACACAUUAUGUAGCAUUAAGACAAAAAGACACUAAAGUUCUGUUGAAACUGGUUUUAACGGCGACACACAGGGGACACUAAACCCUCCACUGAAUCCCACAAGAACACACACUUACACACACACAUACACACACCAUCAAAGUGCCACGCACACACUCCUGCUCGGUGGAAAUGUAAUCAAUGUGUUGUUCUUCUGAGCUCCAUGACCUUUGACCUUACUCCUGUCUCUUGUUUGUUCAGAACCUUUGGACUGUGAGUUUUAUUUUCUGUAUCUUUGCUGCUCUGCUUCGUUCUGAUGAUGGAUUUCUUUAUGCAAUGUUGACUUGGAUGGGUUAACCCUUCAGAUGGCAGCUCCUCCACCGUCUAUGAAGGUUCUCCACUAUAUUUCACUGUACAGUAGAGUCAUAAAGUCUUUUAACCAGAACUGUCCCUGUUUGUCCUCAGUGAGUUAUUAUAAGUCUUUUCUUCAUUUUGGCUCUUAGGUGUAAAUAAUUCUGGACCUUUAGUCAAACCAAGCAACUUCAGGUCUUUCCUGUAAUUUCAGCCGUGUUGUCUUUUAACAAAAAAAACAAACAAAAAACUUUAAUUAAAUAAAGUUAUUUAUUUGCUCUACGAUAAGUAUGUGGUUCAAUACAGAAGUUAAACAGUAUGGGUGUCAUCCUCAAAUUUGUGAUUAGCAGUCAUAUUAUCCGGCAGAAUUUGGCCCAUAGGCAGUCUGUGUCGAACGAUGGAGGACCCACAAUCGAACCCUGGGGAACUCCGCUCAGAUUUAUUAUUGUCAGCGGCAGAGUGUCCUUGAUCAUGGCACUAAUUCUCUAAAAGGGGUUCAAAAACAAAUCUCUGAAAGAUGGUAUUUUAUAUAUUGUACACACAAGAUAACUUGUUUGCAUCUUGGAAUCUCAACUGCAGAGAAUAUAAUAUAUUUCUAACAGUUACCAGUGUUAGUCUGUAAGUUCAUUUUGCUACUCUUCAGUUUAUUGCACUGUGCACCAACCCUUAUUCCCAAAAAGGGUGUUCAAAAAGAUGGUUCUGAAAGAUGGCAUUUUAUAUCUUGUGCACACAAUAAAGUUUAUCCUUAUCCUUACAAGGUAUCUUGUUAUAAACAGUUUUGUUUGUAAGCAAAAGAUGUUCAGUUGUGGUUAAAAGUUAUUCUCUUUAAGUUCUUGUGCCGUUAACAAAAAUGAGCUUGUACAAAAAUGAACUCAUAACUUUGGCACAAAGUACAAAUAAAUACAAUCUUAUUAUCUCGCACAAUAGAGGACCCAGAAUUAAACCCUGGGGAACUCCUGUCAAAUAUAUGAUUUAUUCCCUAAAAGGGUGUUUAAAAAGAUGGCUUUGAAAGAUGGAAUUUUCAGUAUCUUGUGCACACAAGAUAACUUGUUAGCAGCAGUUUUGUUUGUAAGCAGAAGACAUUCGGCUGUGGUUAAAAGUUGUUCUCUUUUGCACAGAAGUUUUUGUGCCGUUCACAAAAGUUAUUUCAGGACAUAAAGCU